AUGGGUCAAGCCUCAGACAAGUUCGCUUGCGACUUGUGCCAGCCAUCAAAAAACAGUACAACGAAUAGUGUGAUGACGCCUCUGGAAGUCAAUGCAACGGCCACGGUAUCCAAACUUCGGCCGGUCUUGAAGAGAAACAGCGAAGAGGGCUUGCAGUCGAGCACUCCAGCUCCAGACGAUGGUGGGAAAGCUUCGUCGACCGGUAGCAGUUCGAAGGAGCUCCAAAAGAUGGCCGAAGACCUCUCGGCACUCAACAAGUCGAUCAUGGGGCUGGAGAUCCGAAAGCUCUCUCUCCGGCAGCAGCUGGACAAACCUCGCAAUCAGAACAACUUUGCAAUCCGGCUGGAGCUAAAAGAGGUUGAGAGGACGAUUAAGAGCCAAACAGCACAGCACAAGAAACUGACGAAGGCAAAAGAAGAACUAGAAAACAAUUUGAUCGCCCUGAGAAAGAAUUCAUUUGCUAGAUUUACAGUUUCCAAAACAUAA